CAAACUGCGUGGAUGCGCCGCGCUGCGCUCUCAAAGCAUGCGGCUUCAAGCGGUCUUCACGCGUGUGGACUUGCUUUCUUCGCUGCCGGAGUACAUUUAUCAGCGUUAAAGGUUGGUGUGUGAGUGCAUGACCAGCAUGUCAAAGAGCCCUCCUCACAGGCGUGGGAUCACGUUCGAGGUGGGAGCGCAGCUGGAGGCCAGGGACACUCUGAAGAACUGGUAUGCAGCUAGCAUUGAGAAGAUCAACUAUGAAGACGAGAAGGUUUUGAUUCACUACAGGCAGUGGAGUCACCGUUAUGAUGAGUGGUUUGACUGGAGCAGUCUGUACCUCAGACCUGUAGAACGAAUCCAGCUUCGAAAACAAGGUCUCCCUGAACGGCAGAGCGCUCCAGGCUUUCAUGUCAACCAGAAAGUUCUUGCCAGCUGGUCAGACUGUCGGUACUACCCUGCUAAGAUCCUGUCCCGGGACAGAGAUGGUUUCUACACAGUGAAGUUUUUUGAUGGAGUCAUAAAGACGGUGAAGGGGAUUAAGGUGAAGCCAUUCCGCAAGGAGAGCUCUGAAGGCAAGACUAAUCAGCAGACUCGAAAGCGGGGCAAUCAGAACGGGAAAAAAUGGAAGGCCAAGGAGAACGGCAACAGCAGAAGUAACGGCUCGAGACACAGCACGUCUGACCAGGAUGGAGAGAGCGAAUCGGAGGAGGAUGAAGAAGACGCCACAGUAAUGGAUCAGUCCAGAGCUCUCCAAAAUGGAGAAAGUGAAAGCACUGAAACUAAGAUAUUGAAUCAAUCCGAGCCGAGUUCUGCUGAGCACAACGAAAAACAGCCCAGUGAAGAAAACAAGACAGAACCGCAUGAGAAUGGAGAAUCGAACAAACCAGAGGAGAAAGAGAUGAAUGGGGGACAGGAGGAGUCCCAAACACUUCAAAAUGGCAUUGACAGGAACGACGGAGACCAGAAAGAGAAGGAAGAAGCAACCGAUGAAAGCCCCAGUCUGCCCAGAAGGACCAGGAGUAGGAUGGCAGAUGGAAUUGAUGUGGAAAAGUCCAGUGGUCCAGAACUGAGGAAGAGACGUGCAUCAACAGGACAGAUGCCACCGUCCAAAAGGAGCAGAGCCAAUUCAAGCACAGACAGAAACAGUCAAUCCCAAAUCAAACCGGUUACAUCAGACUCUGUCCCAGAGACUUUAGAAAGUAAAGAUGGCCCAACCAGUCAUGCAGAAAAUGCAGCACCCAAAGAGGAGGCAGGAUCCACACCUGAUCUUGCUGCAGCAGUCAAACAGCCGCAAACAAUCCACCUUCCAACCACAAACAAGUAUAGCAGAGAACCAUUGUACAGGGUCAUCAAAAACCAGCCGCCUCCUAUCCUGUCCAUUGAGCUGGACCACAACCCGUUCAAAUGCAAGAUCGCAGGCUGCCUCAAGUCUUUCCGGAAGGCGUCCCUGCUGCACUACCACAUGAAGUACUAUCACGCACAGAGCGACCCAAGCCCACCGAUCCAGACGCGCUCCUCAGACAAACAGAUCCACAGCAAAGAGACCCCUCGCAGGCGCCGGACCGUCUCGGCUUCCCACCAUACUCCCUCUCCGCUGAGUGACAGUAAGUCAGGUCACACUCUGUCGCCCCCUGCUGUCGUCAUGCACCGGCAGCGCUCGGCCACGCUGGGCGCAGAGAGGAGCAAAGAGAACCAACACUUCAACCGCUCGCUGCAUGACGACAGAGACUGGGUUGCCAAGGAAACAGGAGUGAAAGAACGGGAGAGGCUGAGGGAGAAGCGGCAGAGGGAUUUCUUCCGCAUCAAACUAAAGAAAAAGAAGAAGAAGAAAAGGAAGUCGAAGUCAGGUGAAGACAGCAGCAGUGAUUUGUCCUCAGACAGUCUUGUAUGGAGUGAGGACGAGUCUGACGCUGAGCUGGAUCUGAAUAUGCCCCUCUCAGAGCAAGGCGUGGAAACGGUCACUCACGGCUCUGAGAUCGUACGCUGUAUUUGUGAAGUGCAGGAGGAGAACGACUUCAUGAUACAGUGUGAUGAGUGUUUGUGCUGGCAGCAUGGGACGUGUAUGGGACUGUAUGAGGACAGUGUGCCAGACAGCUACAGCUGCUACAUCUGCAGAGACCCACCAGCCCAGAGGCAGAGUCAAAGGUACUGGUAUGAUAAAGACUGGCUGAGCAGCGGUCACAUGGAUGGCUUGUCUUUCCUGGAGGAGAACUACUCCCACCAGAACAGUAAGAAAGUGGUAGCUGCCCAUCAGCUCCUGGGGGACGUCCACCGUGUGUUUGAAGUCCUGAACGGCCUUCAGCUCAAAAUGAGCAUCCUACAGACACAAGCCCAUCCAGACCUGAAGUUCUGGCGGCAGCCCUGGAAACCUGCAGACAGCCUACGGAGGAAGAUGGCAGGUGACUCGGGCAUAGCUACUCCCUUCCCCUCCUCACCCCCUGAAAUGGGAGCGAAUGAGUUUGAGACAUUGAAAAGCGAAGUCCCAUCACCUGUGGAGACGCAUUGCUCUUUCCAGGACUCGUACAUUAGCAGCGAGCACUGCUACCAGAAGCCCCGUACGUACUACCCAGCGGUGGAGAGAAGACUUGUGGUGGAGACGCGGUGUGGUUCUGAGCUUGAGGACAGUCUUAGGAGCACAGAGGACCUACUAGAGAUGGCCGAGCAGAGGUACGGCACACCGCUGGACCACGACCAGCACACGCUUCAGCUGGCCGACCGCUCCUUUAGUAAGGAGCUGGAGUGCCGUAUGAAACAACUGGUUUCCGCAGAGCAGGAAAAGAGUUGUGUGGUAGAAAUCAAGGAAGAGGAGCCUGACCCUGUGACCCCUGACCCAAAGCCUGACCCUGACCUUGUGCUGCACCAGCAGUGGCAGCUGAACCUGCUGGAGCACAUUGAAACAGUGCAGGACGAGGUGACGCACAGAAUGGACCUUAUUGAGCGAGAACUAGACGUGCUGGAGAGCUGGCUAGACUACACAGGUGAGCUGGAACCUCCAGAUCCACUGGCGCACCUCCCUCAGCUGAAACAUCGCAUCAGACAGCUCCUGGCUGACCUGGGAACAGUCCAGCAGAUCGCACUCUGCUCCUCAUCCUCUUGAGGGCGCCAGGGAACAUACAAAUGGCUCACACUCAAUUGAAUGCACACAGAGUCCCUUAAAGUCGGAUUAGAAACUGCU